AUGCACCAACGUCACAAUGUGCCAGUUCCUUUCGUUGAGCCCUUCUAUGAGCCGGUGAUGCCCGGAGUGAAGAUCGAGUUGGAUGGAUGUCUUCAUCAUGGACAUCACAAAACUUUUGUUGUUGAACUCCUUUCCGGCCCUCAUCACGUCUUUCACAUGUCUUUCCGAUUCGCUCACCACGAGCACAAACUCGUCAUGAACAGCAGUGUGAACGGAUCAUGGCAAUGCGAGGAACGCGUUCACAAUCCAAUCGGUCAUCACGAUUCGAAGUUCCACCUUUGCGUCCACGUGCAUGCUUCUCAUUUUGAUGUUCAUGUGAACGGUCGUUGUGUCGCCACUUUCCGACACCGUUAUCCAAUCGAGACAAUCCAAGCGCUUGGCGUUCACGGGGAUCUUCAUGUCGACAAGCUGCACUUCACCGGGUUUCCCUUCAGAAGUGCUUGGGGAAUGCCCGGCUACAAUUGGGGCCAUCAAGGAUACAUGGGCUACGGAACACCACAAUAUGUUGCCCCUCAAUUCCAUCCGACUCAUCAUCACCAUCAUCACUGGAGAAAACAUUAU